GACCAUCCAAGGACCGCCACAUCAAAGUAGACGGACGCGGCCGGAGGAUAACGUAUGCCGGCUAUCUGCGCGGCACGUGUCUUCCAACUAACACGUGAGUUACAACACAAAUCAGACGGCGAGACUAUCGAGUGGCUGCUCCAACAAGCAGAGCCGGCUAUCAUCGCCGCCACCGGAACCGGAACCAUACCGGCGAAUAUCUCUACUUUGAACGUCUCUCUCCGAAGCAGUGGCUCUAGUCUCUCAGCUCCACUGUCUAAAUCUUUCAACAUCGGAAGAGCAGCUCAAAACGCUGCCGUUUUCGGGUUCCAGCAACAGCUUUAUCCUCCUCAUCACAUCAUGACAGAUUCUUCUUCUUCUUCUCUUCCCAAAACAUUCCGUGAAGGAGAUCUCUUCAAAGAUCCUAAUUCUCUCGAUCAAGAACCCGGUUCAAGAUCGCCUAAACCGGGAUCAGAAGCUCCUGAUCAAGAUCCGGGUCUAACCCGGUCAAGAACACAAAACAUGAUACCACCGAUGUGGGCAGUGGCGGCGCCAACGCCAGCCUCCACAAACGGAGGUAGUGCGUUUUGGAUGUUACCAGUCGGAGGAGGAGGUCCAGCCAACGUUCAAGAUCCAUCACAGCACAUGUGGGCGUUUAAUCCGGGUCAUUACCCGGGUCGAAUCGGGUCGGUUCAGCUAGGGUCUAUGUUAGUGGGAGGUCAACAAUUAGGGUUAGGUGUUGCUGAAAAUAACAAUUUGGGGCUAUUUUCCGGCGGAGGAGGAGGAGGAGGAGACGGCGGUUACGGAGGCGGUGGUCAGGUUGGUCUCGGAAUGAGUCUAGAGCAAAAAACCUCAACGGCAUCAGCAGCAUCAAGUGAGUGAUCAUGCUACUGGAGACCAAAAUCCUACUAUUGAUGGUUCUCCUUGAAGAUACGUCAUAAUUUGU